CGGGUUUCCUUUAUUUAGGGAAAAAGAUUGGUGCAUAAUAAGAGUGUUACGUACUAUUAGGGAAAAAGAAUGAUGCAUCAGUUUCUUGCUUUUAGGAAUCUAUAAAAUUAUGUAUGUUUUAAAUCAUAAGCCAAAAUUUCAUGGUCUUUUAAGUGUUAAUUACCAAAUAUGGAAUUUAAUUAGUACUCACAAGAGCAUGAAAGUAAUAAUUUUGACCUAAUUGCAGAAUUUGAUCGUUACAUUACUAGUGAAAUUGCAAUACUUAUGGAUAGAUCAUUGAAACCAUUGGAUCGAGGAGGAUCAGUGGGUCCACUAUUUUGCACCCAAAUUGCAGAGAACUCUUCUAACAAGGUGGAACAUUCUGAUAAUAAUAAGGCAGAUCCUCUUCUGCAAAACUCAGCUUUGUUUUCUCAAAUAUCAUUACCAUUGGAUCCACAACCAAUGAUAUCUGAAGCUUGGGAAUCUAUGAGACACUCCUUGGUGUAUUUUCGCGGUGUCCCUGUUGGUACUAUUGCUGCUUUGGAUUCUUCUGAUGAGAAACUUAAUUAUGAUCAGGUGUUUGUUAGAGACUUUGUGCCCAGCGCUCUUGCUUUUCUGAUGAAGAAGGAACAUGGCAUUGUUAAGAAUUUUCUGAAAACUACUCUUCGCCUUCAAUCAUCGACGAAAACAGUUGAUAGGUUUCACCUAUCAGCAGGUGUAAUGCCAGCUAGUUUUAAGGUGAAACGUGAACCAGGAAAGAACAGUGAGUCAUUGGAUGCUGACUUUGGUGGAAGUGCAAUAGGCAGGGUUGCUCCUGUUGAUUCUGGAUUUUGGUGGAUUAUAUUACUUCGUGCAUACACAAAGUCUACAGGAGACGUUUCCUUGUCUGAAACUGCUGAAUGUCAGGAGGGUAUGCGUUUGAUUCUCAAUUUAUGCCUUGCAGAAGGAUUUGACACGUUUCCAACUCUACUAUGUGCUGAUGGAUGCUGCAUGAUUGAUCGUAGAAUGGGUCUUUAUGGUUAUCCAAUUGAAAUUCAAGCACUGUUCUACAUGGCUUUAAGGUGUGCCAUGCAUUUGCUUAAGCAAGAUGAUGAAGGGAAGGAGUUCAUGGAAAGAAUAGUGUCACGUUUGAAUGCCUUAAGCUAUCAUCUGAGAAACUAUUUUUGGUUGGAUUUAAAGCAACUUAACGAUGUAUAUAGGUACAAAACAGAAGAGUACUCGCAUACUGCAGUUAACAAGUUCAAUGUAAUUCCUGAUUCUCUACCUGAUUGGAUUUUUGAUUUCAUGCCUCAUCAUGGAGGUUACUUCAUUGGGAAUGUAAGUCCUGCUAGGAUGGAUUUCCGGUGGUUUUGCCUUGGUAAUUGCAUUGCAAUUUUGUCAUGCUUGGCUACUCCUGAGCAAUCCAUUGCAAUCAUGGAUCUUAUAGAAUCACGUUGGGAUGCAUUGAUUGGAGAGAUGCCUGCAAAAAUUUGCUACCCAGCACUUGAAAAUCAUGAAUGGAGGAUCAUAACAGGAUGUGAUCCCAAAAAUACAAGAUGGAGUUAUCAUAAUGGUGGAUCCUGGCCAGUUCUUUUAUGGCUUCUUACUGCGGCAUCAAUCAAAACAGGAAGGCCCCAUAUUGCAAGACGUGCCCUUGACAUAACUGAAACAAGAUUAUUGAAGGACAACUGGCCUGAAUAUUAUGAUGGAAAGCAUGGUAGAUACAUUGGGAAGCAAGCCAGGAAACUCCAAACUUGGUCCAUUGCUGGAUACUUAGUGGCUAGGGAGAUGCUAAAUGAUCCAUCGCAUUUGCGUAUGGUGGCCUUUGAGGAAGAUAAACUCCUAAGGCCUCAACACAGAAGAUCAAAUACAUGGUGAAUGCAAUGGUCGAGGGAAGAAGGGCAAGGUGAAACACUGUAAAGCUCAUAAACAUUUUUAGUUCAAUUUUUUUGAGUAUAUUCUCUUCGUGAGAUGCAUUACGUUAGGAGUUUUUAGGAAUUGAUUGUUGCUUUUGUCCAAAGUUGUUAGGAAAUGCAUGAAUUUCUUAGUAGAUGAUAUGUACAGUUAGAUCAUGUAUAGAGAGCCAAAUGCCUUGUUAUUAUUGUUACCAAUUAGGAUUAUCAAGGCAUUAGACAAUAUAGAAUGUAAUCAAUGUAGCCUUGUUGAUGGUUGGCGUCAUCAUACUAUAUAGCAUGUGAGAUAGUAACAUUAACAUCAGUACAU